AUGGCACAUCACAUAUUCGGAGUAAAGAAAAAAAGUAAACCUCCCAAGCCUAUACCAGAAUUGACUUCGUCACAGCCAUAUGAUCAAAUUAGACCGCCACUGGUGAAUUCUCCCAGUUUUCCACCACCUAAUAAUCCAUCAAAUAGCGUUCCUCCCCCUCUGCCACCACGACAACAAUCACCUCCUAUUUCGUCUGAAUCACAUAAAGAGUCUAAUAAACAUUCUUCCGGAGAAUAUACUCAUCAAUUUACGCAAGCUUAUCCAUUUCCUGAUAUUUCUAGUGCAUCAUCAACUUCGGGCACUGCAUCUGUACGCUCUUCUGGACAAUUUUCAUUAUCAUUUUUUGGAAAUGAUCAUCAUAUUGGCGGUAGUGGUAGCAAUAUUGGGAAUGAUAAUUCAAGGGAUAGAGGAUUUCAUUUACAUUCGCAUAAUAGAAACAAUGUCCCAGAAGUGCCUAAACCUUCGGACGAAGAAAUUGAGGAAAUGUUUUUGGAAUUGAUGAGAAAUCGACCUCAGAUCGGAUAUUCCUUGGAUAAAAACACGCCAGAAUAUUAUUUAAGAAAAAUUUUGGAUGGUUCUGUUAAUGUAAAACACAUAGAUUCACUGGCUGUCUCAUUAAGAACCGCUGCCAUAACAUGGGUUAGAUCAUUUAUUGAUGCAAAAGGUCAAGAAGUUUUAGCAAAUCACUUGAGCGGUAUUACUCGUAAACCCAUAAAACGAGAGGUUGAUUUACAAAUGGAAUAUGGAAUCAUCAAGUGCUUAAAAUGCCUAUUAAAUAAUAGGUGGGGAGCUCAAGAAGCACUCACACAUCCACAAUGCAUUUAUAGUAUAACAUUUUCACUGGUAUCACCACAAUUGAACACACGAAAACUAGUCGCAGAAGUGUUAUCAUUUCUCUGUUAUUGCGAAAUACCAGUUGGACAUAAUUUAGUGUUGGCGGGAUUUGAUCAAUUAAAGCAAUUUCAAGCUGAGCAUGGAAGAUUUGACGCAUGGAUGCGUAUGCUCGAGAACACAAUCGAUGGUCGUGGUAGAAUGGGUAGUUUUGUGAAUGCUAGUGAAGAAUAUCGGAAAGGUGGAAUUGGAAUUGAUAGUUCAUUGAUGGAAUAUGCGCUCUCUAAUUUAAUUUUGGUGAACUCUUUAAUCGGAGUAUGCGAUGACGUAGAAUUACGUGUACACUUAAGAAAUCAACUUCACGCAUGCGGUUUAACGAGGAUCAUUGAUAAAAUGAAAACAUUCAACUAUGAACUUAUUAAUCGACAAAUAUUGAAAUUCGAACGAGAAAGUGAGGCGGACUAUGAAGAAAUAUUUGAUUCCUUAACAUUUUCUAUCUCCACUGAUCCUCGUGAUGUAUUUCAGUGUAUUUUGGCAUCCGUUGAGGGUACAAGAGCAUUUGAUUUCUUCUUAUCGGCUAUGCAACAUAUGUUAUUAAUAAGGGAUGACGGUGAAACAAGGACACGUUAUUUUCAACUUAUCGAUGCUUUAAUAACGCAAGUUGUGUUAGAUCGACGUGGAUUAGAACAAGACUUCACACACUCGGUUGGUAUAUCUGUUAGCCAAGUACUUGACAAGUUAGCGGAUCAAGAGAAACUGCAAGCUGCGAUCGAUGAAGCCCGUGAAGCAAAAUUGAUAGCUGAAAAAGCAUUAAAGGAGAAGAAUGAAUUACAGAAAGAGCUAUCUAAAGGAACUGACGGACUUGUAAGUGAACUCAAAGCAAAAGUGCUUUCACUCGAGGAGCUACUUCGGAUUUCACGACAUACCGUUCAAACAUUACAAUCACGUAUUGCCGAUCUCGAAGCGAGUUACCGUGAGAAACUUGCCGAGCAAACAAUACAGAUGCGUGAAUUCGAAAAUACAUUAAAAGAGUUGAAUCAAAUUCAUGGAGAUUCCGUUGCUGGUGGUGACGCAGCAGGUGGUAAUGGAUUGAAUCGACAAGAGAUCAUUAAAAAAUUGGAGCGAAUGGCAGAGAUUGCUAAAACUCAGGCCACAUUGGAAGGAAAGAAUAAAGUUUGGACGCCACCAACAUUUGGUGAAUUGAAGAUGCCAGAUCCAAGUGAUUACUAUAGAAGUAGUAAUUCAACUGUUGACACUGGUUAUGCUUCAAGUUUAAAUUCUGUUAUAUUCCCACCUUCCAUGUCGCAACCACAACCACAGUUACCACAUUCACCAAUUAAUACAUCAACGCAGUUCUCUUCCCCGCUUCAAUUUACGCCAUUUCCAAAUGGCAGAAACAUACCUUCCAUUUCGCAACCUCAACCUCCGACAAAUUUCAAUAAUAAUUCACCGUUUACUUAUGGGUUCCGUAUUCCUCCAUCAAAUCCAGGACAUAACAUUUUAGAUGAUUAUUAUGGAAAAGAUGGUAGUAUAAAGGAAGAUUCAGCUACACAAAAAGAAAAAAUAGACUCUAUUAAGAUAGACACUAAUAUUAUGACAGAUAAUAAAAUAGAAAAUGGUCAAAAUCCGCCUAUUACUUCAUCAACCAGCAAUAUAACAAAAGUUUCAUCAUCAACCUCACCUAUAAUUGAAUCUCAACCGCCAAUGGAAAAUGAAAGUAAUAUUCCACCCCCACCCCCACCUCCCGCAGUGGGAAGUGACAAUAUUAUUCCACCGCCCCCACCACCUCCUCCCGUAAUGGGAAGUGAUGAAAGUAAUAUUCCUCCACCACCACCUCCGCCCGGGACAGGUAAUAUUCCUCCGCCGCCACCCCCACCACCAAAUAUGGCAGGAGGCGCGCCUCCAGGGCCACCAGGACCACCUCCACCGCCUGGUAGCUUCGUUCCUGCAGCCCCUGGUGGAAACAACCGUAAAGAAAUUCCAAUAUCAGCAAAAAAGAAACUAAAGCAACUUCAAUGGGAAAAGAUUAAUCAAUUCUCCAUUAAUAAAACGAUUUGGGGACGGACCAACAUGACUGAUGAAGAAUUGCUGAUGUUACUUGGAGGUCAAGAUGAUGUAUUCGUUACGAUCGAAGAAUUAUUUGCUGCUCGACAAGUUGCACCGAAAAGGAAAAAAGUUGAAAAGAAAGAGGAGAUAAGUGUGUUGGAUUCUAAACGUGCUUAUAAUAUAAAUGUCGUGCUUGGUCGUUACAAACAAAUGCCAUUCUCGGAAAUGCACCGUAAAAUUGUGCAAAUGGACGAAUUAUUUUGUACAGAGAAUCUAUUAAAUCAAUUUAUGCAAUAUACACCUACUCCUGAUGAGAGGGGUAAACUGAUGGUGUACAAAGAUAGCCCAGAGGAUGUCCUUGAAAACUUGGCAAGACCUGAUCGAUUUUUCGUCGAGGUAAUGCAAAUACAUCGAUACGAACAACGUCUAAAGUUUAUGCAUUUUCAUAUAACUUUUGAUGAAAAGUUUAAUGAUCUUGAACAGAGCGUUGUUGCAGUAUUAAACGCGUCAAUAGAUUUAAAAGAUGCCAAGUAUUUCCGUGAAUUGCUGGAUCUGAUAUUGUUACUCGGCAACUAUAUGAAUGGAUCGACGAUAAAAGGUGGUGCAUUUGGUUUCAAGAUUGCAAGUAUAAAUAAGUUGGUUGAUACAAAAGCUUCUACUAGUUCCUCGAUGACAUUAUUACAUUUUCUUGCGAAUACAGUGGAAAGCAAAAUUCCAGAUGCUAUCCAGUUCACAGAAGAAUUAAAAAAUUGUGGAAGCGCUUGUCGAGUAUCACAACAAGAAGUAACAGCCGAGUACCGACAAAUGGGUACGAAAUUAAAUGAUCUCGCCUUAGAGCUCGAAAAGCAUUUUGGCGAAGGUGUGGAAUUAGAGGAAGGCGAUCGAUUCCCAGAAAUUAUGCGAUCAUUUGUACACAAAUCUUUGAAAAAAUUCGAAGAACUCCAAGUUAAAUAUACUUCAAUGGAGGUUGCGUAUAAAGAUGUAGUGGCAUAUUAUGGUGAAGAUCCAAGUUCCACAAAACCGGAUGAAUUCUUUGGAAUUUUCAAAACAUUUGUUGCAUCUUUCGAGCGAGCAAGAAAUGAUAAUAAAGCACAAAGGGAGCGUGAAUUGGCCAAUCAAAAGAGAAUGGAGGAAAUUGCCGCACGUAUUAAGAAAGAAAAGCCUCAAAACCCAGAAGUUAAAAUUAGUGAACAACAGGAUGAGACUGAUAAACAUAUAAUGGACAAUUUACUUGAAACAUUACGUAAUGGUCGUGAUCUUGAUACUACACCUAAUCGAAGACAACGUGGUACUCCACGGGAUCGAAGAGUUGCCCGAAGUAUGUCGGUUGUGUUACGUGCAGAAAACAUCUUGAAUAGUUUAAAGGAUGAUGCUCCACCUCUUCCAAAAAUUCCGGAAAAUUUUCAAUCUCAAAUUACCGCCGAAUAA